GUAUGACAACCCAGCCCGCGCUCUUUUUUUUUUCGCUGUGCCCCUUCUCACGAGCUAUGCCAGCCCGCUUUUCCUUAACUUCCUUGGAUGCUUGUUUGACUUUCAGGCAAACGACGAAGACAUUGAAGCGGUGAAGAAGUUUGCCAAUGCGCAGCCGAGCAUGGAAGAGUUGUCGAGCCAGAUCAAGAAGAUGGAAGAGCUGUGUGGGCCCAGGCUAAGUGGCUCGGGUGGUCUAGGCGGCGCGGAGCCCGCCGAGGCGGCGCGGGCCCGGGCCCCCGCGCCCGACGAUGCCGAGCUCGAGGGCGGUGGCGGCAGGUGGUAUUGGCAGCAGAAGAAGAAGAGCAACGAUGUGUACAUUCGCAUCCCACAGGAUCUUCCGAUCUCAAAGAAGGACGUCUCUGUCAUCUUCAAACGAUCUUCGUUGAGUAUUGCAAUCAAGGGCGAGACGAUCAUAGACGGCAAGCUGCGAGGGACGGUCGAUGUGGACGAUUGUACGUGGUGUAUUUUGAAUGGUGGUACGGAUGUCGAGGUGAUGCUGACGAAGCAGACUGAAGAUAGGUGGCGUACCCUUCUCGAUCCGUCGUGAGAGCUGCUGGCGCCGAGUCUCGCACUGCCGCGCCGGGGCUCGCCUGGACGUGCUUCUUGGUGCCCGAGCCGCACCGACCGCCUGGACCUGGAGGAAGGCGUUCGCCGCGCGACGCGAGCCCGCCGCAAACUGCAACGACCAGAAGAGUGGCGUCUUCGACUGGAAUCUGCGGCCGACGCUGCCGCUGAGCCCGGGCGCCGCGCGCCGCUCUGGGCAGCGAGGCCGACCAGACUCGAGGCUGUGACGACGAGGAA